AUGACAAAUUGUUUGGAAGAAUUUCCUCAAAUAAAAAAGACUAUAUUUCUUUAUCAAGAAAGAUUAAUCCAAUAUUCUGUUGAAAAACGCGAUUUGAUCGUUCUUUGGCAUUUUUUAACGCAAACAAUAGUUCCUUCAGCAAUGCAAGCAGAAUUAACACCAGAAGGGAUUUUAAACGAGAAAAGUACUGCCAAUACUUCUACUUCUGAUCUAAAUAAGAGUGGCUUUUUUGUUGAUUCUUCAAUUAUUAGAGAUUAUUUGGGCGAAUUCUCAGAUCACAAAUUUCCGAAAAUUUUUAUUUUGGAUGGUGAAAAUGAUGACAAAUGUGUGGAAUAUUAUUUGAUAGCCUAUCGUGUUUUAAACGCAACUGCUUGCUUUUUUGUUCGAGCUGAUGAAACACAAAAUGAUACAAUUAAUAAUGAUUUCCUUGAAAAUCUUUCCGAUUUUAUUGACACAAAAAUGUCUUCAAUCGCUUCAACAAUUGGAGAACAAUUUUCAAAUGAAAUAACUGCUCGGCCUAAUACAAAUUUGGAUAUUCCCUAUCAUUUUAUUUACUUCAAUCCGGAUAGUCUUAGUUUUAGAAAAAGCUUCGCAGCUCCAAUGGUUAUGUCUGCUGAAAAUGCUGUGGUUAAUAAUGCUGUUCAAAUUUUGCCUUCUAGCAUGCAUAGGUUUUUUUUAAAUAUUUUUUUGGGUACUGGGAACUAG